AUGGUGGUGAUGGUGGUGGCGGUCGUGGUGGGGUGGAGCAGGGGAGGUGGGUUGACUGUUGUUAAUUGCAUUGCCACAGAUUACUACGGAAAAGCUGUGCAGUUGAAUUGGAAUAGUCCCCAGGCGCUUAACAACUGGGGACUUGCACUGCAGGAACUCAGUGCGAUAGUCCCUGCUAAGGAAAAGCAUAACAUUGUUAAGACGGCAAUUAGUAAGUUCCGUGCAGCAAUUCAGUUGCAGUUUGACUUUCAUAGGGCUAUUUACAACCUCGGAACUGUUUUGUAUGGCUUAGCCGAGGACUUGCUAAGAAUCGGGGGAUCAGUCAGCCAUAAUGAUAUUUCGCCCAAUGACUUGUAUAGUCAGUGCGCUGUCUAUAUUGCAGCUGCUCACGCAUUGAAGCCAAAUUACUCGGUCUACCGCAGUGCACUGAGGCUAGUCCGUUCUAUGGUAAGAGUGCUUUACAUAAAAUCAACAGAAAGUGUACAUAGUUCUAGUUACAUUUCAGCAUUUUACGUGACUGUAAAAACCACAUUCUACUUUCCAUUUAGUUAUCCUCAAUGCUAGUUUGACCC